AUGGCUGCUCCAGUAGACACGUCCUUCUGCCUCGUCGGCCCCGUGCCGUUCAAGGACGUGCACCAGGACGACGACGACCAUGCGAUGCCCCAGGCCGAGGACGCGGACGUGCACGAGGACGACGAGGACGACCAUGUGAUCAUCACCAGCCCGGGCUUGCCGUUGCGGCUUCACCAGGGCGUGUGGUUGUUCGACGAUCUUCGCCCCGCGUCCAUCUCCGUCCAGCGGCGCUUUGUCCUGCGGCCCGGCGACGUGCUCCUCCCUCCGAAAUGCGGCACCACCUGGCUCAAGGCGCUCGCCUUCGCCACCAUGGCGCGGGCCGCAUACCCGGUCUCCGACGCCAACCACCCGCUCCGCCGCCUCAACCCGCACGAGUGCGUCCCCUUCAUGGAGGCCCUGUUCAGCGAGGGCCAGAAGGCCAAGCUGGAGGCGCUGCCGUCGCCUAGGCUCCUGCAGACGCACAUGCACCACUCCAUGCUGCCUCACUCCCUCGCCGGCACCCCGGACUGCAAACUCGUCUUCAUCUGCAGGGAGCCCAAGGAUAUGCUGGUUUCCUCGUGGCACUUGUACAGAAGCACACGAGGCGUCACCUUAUCCUUCUCCGACAUGUUCGAGCUGGCGUGCGAGGGCAAGAUCGCGUAUGGCCUUCUCUGGGACCAGCUCCUAGGCUACUGGAACGCGAGCAAAGCAGCUCCGGAGAGGGUCAUGUUCCUGAGGUACGAGCAGAUGAUGGCCGAUCCGGUCAGCACCGUCCGGGAGCUCGCGCGGUUCCUUGGUGUGCCCUUCACGCCGGCCGAAGAGGCGGCGGGAGUGCCGGCCGACAUCGCCGAGAUGUGCAGCAUCGGGGCGAUGAGAGGCCUGGACGCCAACAGAAGAGGAAGCACUGGGACCAUGCCUAUCCAGUUCCGGCAUGAAACCUUCUUCAGAAAAGGGGUUGUCGGGGACUGGGUGAACCAUAUGACGCCCGAGAUGGCCCGGCGCAUCGAUGCCAUCUUGGAGGAGAAGCUUGGUGGAUCGGGCCUCACCUUCUCGUCUUCUUGA